AUGCAUAUUCUCGCCACCACCACUCUGUUGUCAGCCAGUCUUGCUGCUGCAUAUGACUUGCCGGACAAUCUCAAGACAAUCUAUGACAAUCACAAGGCAGGUAUCCAGGGAAGCGACAUGUCUGGUCAAUGCAGUAACAAGAUCGCAGGAGGCUUCUCGGACGGUAUCGACGGCGCUCACACAUUUUCGUACUGCGGUGAUAUCGAUGGGGCAAUCUACCUGCACGGCUCGGCCAAUGGUGGUGAAUAUGACAACAUGGAUGUGGAUUGCGAUGGACUGAAUGAUAAAGGGGGGGAUUGUGGGACCGAUGAGACCGGGCAAGGAGAAACUGCAUUCAAGGACCAACUCAGUCAGUAUGGAAUUCAAGAUCUGGAUGCCAACGUCCACCCUUAUGUGGUCUUCGGAAACACAAACUUUGAUCCUCAGCAAUACGGAAUGGAGCCUCUGAGUGUCAUGGCCGUCGUAUGCAACAAUCAAGUGCUGUAUGGAAUUUGGGGCGACACCAAUGGCGAGGACUCUACCGGCGAGGCAUCCAUCUCUCUGGCUCAGAUGUGCUUCCCCGACGACGAUAUCAACGGAAAUAAUGGGCAUGGCGAAGAAGACGUUCUUUAUCUGGGAUUCACCGGAAAGGAUGCUGUUCCUGGCAGCGAUGCUAAUUGGAAAGCUGGGGACCGUGAUGCAUUCGAGGCCAGCAUCAAGGAGCUGGGUGACAAGUUGGUUGCUGGCCUGAGUGCUUAG